AUGGAGAAUAUGGAGAUAUCCCAGCAAAUUAAAUCCACGGCAUUGUCUGUUCCCUCGCCGACCGCGACACAUACUGCCUCUGUCAACGGCGCACGUUUGCAAAUCCGAUACCUCAAUACUUUCGAGGUGGUCCGUAAUAUCGCCCUCCCAUCUAGCCAUGAUUUGCGCUCCUCGAAGAUUACCUGGUCACCCCCAGUCAUCCCGUCCUUGACCUCAUCAACACGCACAUCUUCGCCCACCACUACACCUCCCCGUCGAUCAUCACGGACACCACGCCCCUGCUCGAAUCGCGUCCUCAUAUCCGACGACGACACAACGCGCGUUUACGAUCUCCGCGACGAGAAAUGGAAUGCCGUGAUUAGCAAUGGCUCUGGUGGCAUGGGGAAGAAUGUCCAUGUCGAGUUUGGAGGAACAGAGGACGAGGUGCUUGUAUGGACCGACUUUACCGCCUGUGUUAAGAUAUGGUGUUUGAAGACGGGCAGGGUAGUGGAGAUACGCGAUCCAAAGUUUCCUGGUAAAGAUGGCAAGGGCUGGGGCUACCGACCUGCUGACAAUACUGGAUUGAGGAGUGGACGGGGACAAGGGCGUGUUCUAGCAUUAUUGUGUCGUGCAUCAGGGACCGAUAUCUUGUUACUUCUUGCACCGCAGACGUACAAGGUUCUGAAUCGAGUCGAACUCCCUACUACAGAUGUCGCUGGUCUGAGAUGGAGCCGUGACGGGCGCUGGUUGGCCAUCUGGGACGCUGCGUCUGCGGGUUACAAGCUUUGCAUAUAUACGGCAGAUGGGCAUUUGUACCGCACCAUAAUCCGCGAAGCAUCUGAGGACGUCAGUGAAUGGGAUGUAGAAGGCCUAGGCAUCAAGAGUCUAGAAUGGGUCCCUGGACAUGAACGUCUCGCAGUUGGUGGCUGGGACUGUCGUGUUCGCAUCCUUUCUACACGCACAUUCGCACCCAUCCUAUUCCUCGACCACACACCCGUCAUCGACGUACCCAGCGCACCAGUGUACACAGAACAAGUCGACAACCUGGGCACCCGCAGCUUCACGCUCACGCCACAACCUGCCACACCUCCCAAAGCCGCUCUAGAAAAGAACGAAAAUGCGCUCCUAAAGCAAGGCAUCGGCAUGCUCAGCUUCAACUCCGAAGGCACAAUGUGCGCAAGCAGAGAUGACAGCACUCCCUGCACAGUCUGGAUCUGGGACUUGCGAAGUCUCCGUCCCCGCUCAAUCCUCAUCAUGUACGCGCCUGUCAAAGCGCUCCUCUGGCACCCUUGCGACCCCAAUCGUCUCCUUAUACAGACUGCACACGACGAUCCAGUCGUGUACUUGUACACAGCUUCACAGCGCUCCCACUCAACGUCAUCUUCAUCGGCGAAUUCAUUAGCGACAACACAACAUCCACCAUCCAUCCUCUCUUUAUCCCCUCACAUUGCUAAACCUGCAGUCGCGACUCCCGCUCGCUGGACGGUAUCCUGGCUCUCGGGUCCUGCGGCUAGUAAUAAGAAACCUUGUUUCACGCUCGCGCAUACUCAAGCUUCUGUUGUUGUAUGGCCAGAGGGCAAAGACCAGAUUCUGCGGUUUGAUCAUGAAGAGGAAGAGGAGGGCGAAGAAGAGGGAUCAGAUGAUAGUUUGUAUGAUAUCCUGACUGGUCGGACCCCUGUGCCGGGUACGAGGGAUAGUAUGGAGGAGGGCGAGUUUGGAGAUAGUACAGGCACAGUACAGGAGCUAGAUGAUACGUUUAGAUCGCGGCAACACGCACAUGAAGAUGGAGGAGAUGGAGAACACGAGUAUUUUGAAGAAGGUGUGUUGGGAGAUAGUGGCAUGAGUGAAAUGUUUUGA